UCACUCUUAAUUAUUUAAAAAAACCGCUUCAAAAUCCGUUCCGGUGUUUUAAAGAUUUAAGUAUACAUAGGGACGGACAGACCGCGACAGCGACUUUGUUUUAUACUAUGUAAUGAUGAUGAGAGUUGUAUAGUAGAAGAACCAUGCAUGAAUGCUAUUUGUUUUACGUUUACAGUUUUUGUUUGGUUUAUUGCAUCAAGUUGAAUUUUUCGGCCAUCAGGAUCUGUGGGAAUCUUAUGUCUAAAUCGACAAAGAAUAAAAAACAAUAUUUUAUCUCCCCAGGGCCACAAAGGGAGGAGGCAAAGCGACGCCAAGGAGCCCUAACCAGUAUAUGGGAAUUGACAUUAUCUGAACGGCAAAACGCGGCAAUAAUCCUAGAGAAUACGACAGCAAGACCGUUCGUGUACUGCAGAUAUUUCUUCAAAUGUUUCUUCUGUCGGGAACAGUAUUCGGAUAUCAAAGUUUUACUACAACACAGUUUAACACACGACGUCCCUGAUGUCACUAUAAUCCUUAAAGAUUUGUUACCAAAAGGCAAAAGAACUGUUAAAGUGGACAUAUCAGAAUUGAAAUGUAGAGUCUGCUCAAAAGAUUUUGUAGAUUUAAACGUUAUCAGAACUCAUUUAGUCGAAGAUCACGGUAAGCCAUUCACUGAAUCUGGAAAUGGUAUAGUGGCAUACAAUUUGUCAACAAAGGACGGGCAAUUUACAUGUCAUAUAUGUAACAAAGUGUUCCAAACGUUUAUACUUUUGAAUAGACAUAUGAAUGUCCAUUUUAGUAACGCUGUAUGCGAGACAUGCGGUGCUGGUUUCAUGACGCACCAGCGUCUAAUACAGCACAAAGAAAUACAUCUACCUGGAGGAUAUCCUUGCAAUAAAUGUCCAAAGAUUUAUACGACAAAUUCAAAUUUGAAAUACCAUAUAGAAAAGGCUCACGAGGGAGCAACGAAGAUGCGUAUGCUGCGAUGCGCCCAUUGCUCUGAAAGAUUUCCUGAACAUUUCAAAAAGUUGAAGCAUCUGAAAGAGGUUCAUGGAAUAACGUUUACCUUCGAAUGUGAAGUGUGCAAAUCAAUUUUUUCCAGUCGUAGAGCAUUGACGAUGCAUACGAACAAGUUUCACACGCAGAAGACUCAGUGCGAGAUCUGCAAGAAGUGUUUCAGCUGCGUUUCCACAUUAAAGAAGCAUAUGAUUUGUCACACGGGAGAGAGGAAUUUCGUUUGUAUAUUAUGCCAAAAAGCUUAUAGACACCAGAAAAGUUUGAGACAACAUAUGCGAACGCACAUACAAGGGAAUGAUUAUGUGAAAUUCACGUGCACCGAGUGUGGGAAUGGAUUUCCGAAUAGAAAUGAAUUUAAUAAACAUGUAAGGGAAUGGCAUCCGAGGGCAUAUUUUAAUUGAUUUAUUGCAGGCAAUAAAACCGUAUCAGAAACGAGCAUUUGGCAAAUGACUGUGGCUGAAAGAAAGAAUGCUGCCGCCUUCAUUCUAAACACCACGG